AUGCAUUAUGUACCAGCAGAUUUAACAGUUGGUGAUCAUUUUGUCACCAGUAAAAAAGUCGAAUCACUGCUGUUCAAACAACUUCAUCGAGACGAAAAGCAGUGUUUUGAAGAGAAGAAGAUGGUUAAAAUAUUUAAUUUCCUCUAUAUCUUCAGCGUUUUGUUGGCCGCCAAGAAGUCAACUUUUUCAUUCGGGCGCCAUGUGGCCCAAACGAGAUUGGGAAAGCAAGGGAAGCGAACUCUUGUGAUUCCCAGAGCAAUAAAGAUCAAAAUCUGGAAUAAAACGCCUUUAGAUCUUCUAGACGCGAAGUGGAAAGUCCAAAAUCUCGAAAUGGAAGCUCCUUUGUCGAGGGUUGCGGAAAGUCAAAGCCACCCGGUUGAAAUCGUUACCCACUACACAAAAUCUGUCCUAACUAAAAAAUCCCGUAAAACAUUGUGGGUCUCGUACAGCAUAUCCCAAACUGAUCAUCGCAUAUGCAUUUAUGGCAAGUUGAAAAUGAACGGCUUGUUACGAAGACCCAAAUUCAUGUACACUGUUUAUGUAACCGGUACUAAUGCCUGUGAUGAACCCCGCUCACCACCUGAAAAUGUUUUUGUGUCUGAAAACAAGGGGAAUGGAUAUAAAUCGUAUUGGAAGUACGUUACUGCUGAGUGUGCUGUUGUAUCGCACGGGCUGGCUCACACGUUGAAUGUAUAUAUUUUGAAUUUUGGUGAUUUGCCGCCCGUGGGUAUGGAUGGCAUGCUUCAGGCGUGGACGAAACAAAGGCAGCAGCCUAACCAGAACCAGCCUGACCAGAACAAACCUGACCAGAACCUGCCUGACCAGAACCAGCCUGACCAAAAUCAGCCUGACCAAAACCAGCCUGACCAAAACCAGCCUGACCAGAACCAGCCUGACCAAAACCUGCCCAACGUGAAUCUGCCUUAUGUGAAUCGGCCUGACCAGAAGAUGCCUAACGUCAACGGGCCUAACGUGAACGAGCCUAACGUGAACGAGCCUAACGUGAACGGGCCUAACGUCAAUGGGCCUAAUGUGAACGGGCCUAACGUCAACGAAUCUAACGUCAACGAGCCUAACGUGAACGGGCCCAAGGUGAACGGGCCUAACGUCAACGGGCCUAACGUCAACGGGCCUAACGUCAACGGGCCUAACGUCAACGGGCCUAACGUCAACGAGCCUAACGUGAAUGAGCCUAAGGUGAACGGGCCUAAGGUGAACGGGCCUAACGUGAACGGGCCUAAGGUGAACGAGCCUAAGGUGAACAGGCCUAACGUCAACGGGCCUAACGUCAACGGGCCUGAGGUGAACGGGCCUAACGUGAACGGGCCUAACGUCAACGGGCCCAAGGUGAACCGGCCUAAUGUGAACGGGCCUAACGUCAACGAGCCUAACGUCAACGAGCCUAAGGUGAACGGGCCUAACGUGAACGGGCCUAACGUGAACGGGCCCAAGGUGAACGGGCCUAAUGUGAACGGGCCUAACGUCAACGGGCCUAACGUCAACGAGCCUGAGGUGAACGGGCCUAACGUGAACGGGCCUAACGUGAACGCGCCCAAGGUGAACGGGCCUAAUGUGAACGGGCCUAACGUCAACGAGCCUAACGUGAACAAGCCUAAGGUGAACAAGCCUAAGGUGAACGGACCUAACGUCAACGGGCCUAACGUCAACGAGCCUAACGUGAACGGACCCAAGGUGAACGGGCCGAAGGUGAACGGGCCCAAGGUGAACGAGCCUAAGGUGAACGGGCCUAACGUGAACGAGCCUAACGUGAACGGGCCUAAUGUGAACGGGCCUAACGUGAACGAACCUAACGUCAACGAGCCUAACGUGAACGGGCCCAAGGUGAACGGGCCUAACGUCAACGAGCCUAACGUCAACGGGCCUAACGUGAACCAGCCUAACAUGAACGAGCCUAACGUGAACGGGCCCAAGGUGAACGGACCCAAGGUGAACAGGCCCAAGGUGAACAGGCCCAAGGUGAACAGGCCCAAGGUGAAUUAUCCUAAUGUGAACCAGCCUAACGUGAACGAGCCUAAAGUGAACCAUCCUGACCAAAACCAGCCUGACGUGAACAAGCCUGGCCAGGAUCAACAGAGCAUAAUACCAGUGGAUGGCGAUAAAGAAGGCACUGACAUUCAACCGGACGGGAAUACGGACACCGCGAAUGAACCACCAUCACUGCAAGGAACAACAAAUGUGAAUCAACCAGGUUUACCAAAAGUACCAUCCAAUGUAAACCGAUUGCCUUCAUAUGGGCCACCAGCGUGGAAUACGGCUAUUUUCGUCCCACCUGCGAGGCAGCUUUCCUAUGGUGAGAUAGUUCAGCCAAGGAUCAGUGGCCGACUGAGGAAAAACCGUAAGCCAGGCGGGGGAAUAAAUGUUAAACCCAUGAUGAAUGCCAAGGUUCAACCGAAUGGCCGACUGAGGAAAAACCGUAAGCCAAGCGGGGGGCUAAAAGUUAAACCGAUGGAUGUGCAAGGAAAGAAGAAGAAGAUAUCCUCUGUAAAUUUCACUCCUUUGUUGGAAAGACAGAGCUUCAAAUAA